CGGCGUGCUGCUGUUAUCUGUGAGUCAACGGGCGCUGCCUUGCUUGACCUCUGACAAAACGUUAUUGACAACGUCUGCAUCCACCGAACAGAAAGCUGCGUCUGCGUUAAGAUCCGCAAGUAACAAUGGUUCUUCGAGGGGCGAUCUUCGCCCUGUGCUUUGCGGCCGUGGCCGGCCAAUCCAUCGAACCUGGCCAGUGCCCUGACGUCGAGGUCAUGACCAAUUUCGACAUGAAAAAGUACUACGGACGCUGGUAUCAGUACUCGACCUACGUGAACAUCUACGAGCAGGGCCGCUGCGCUUUUUCCGACUACAGCGACAACAAAAACAUUACAAUGGGCGUCCAUGAGUCGUCUAUAAACAUCCAUACUGGCGCUUGGCAGUUUGCUACCGGCUACGCGUGGUCUGCAGGAGACUUUAAAGUGGCUAAACUCUUUGUCACUUUCCCUGAUUUCGGAGGAGCCGUCAGGGACUACUGGAUUCUUGGAACCGACUACGAAAGCUAUGCAGUCGUCUGGUCCUGCAGGAGUGAUGGCACAAACUCUCGGCAGUACGCCUGGAUAAUCACCCGUGACCGCGCACCUUCGGACCUGGUGCUGGCCAAAGCCAUGCUGGUCGUGCACGAGAAUGGUCUGAAGCGUGAUUUCGUCGUCAAUGACCAGGCCAACUGUCCGAAGAAGGAAGUCACGUACAUGGUCGUCAACGAAUCAAAUGAAUUCCAUCAUACUUCACCCAGCGUGAUCUUGACAAUGGCUCUGAAGCAUCUUCUCGCUUGCUUGGCGCUGGCCGCCGUCGCCAAUGCCCAGUUCUACGGCCACGGCGAUUGCCCAGACGUCGAAGUCGAACAUGACUUCGACUGGUCCAAGUAUGCCGGUAUUUGGUACCAAUACUCGUUCAUCAGCCCCCUGGAGAAGGGAAAGUGCGACACCCACGAGUACAUCGACAACGGCAACGGAACUUUCACCCUGAAGGAGUUCACCAUUGAGGAGGGCGUCCAGAAGACCUGGCUUGGACAGAUUGCUCCCGCAAGUGACAAGCACGACGGAAAGCUGACCAUCGCCUACGACGACUUCGGAGGAAAGCAAAACCCGUACUGGGUGCUGGGAACCGACUACAACGACUUCGCCGUCGUCUGGUCCUGCAGGUUCGACGGAACCCGGUCCCGCCAGACUUCCUGGAUCAUCACCCGCGAACGCAAGCCCAAGCCGACCAUCGUGGCCGCGGCCAACGGCAUCCUCAGCAAGUUGGGACUCACCAGGGCGUUGCAGCUCACCGAGCAAGAGGGCUGUUAAUUCAAUAUUGCCGGGUGUAUCACACUAUCAGAAAUAAUAAAAACGGCUCAACAUUGAAUACAAAGAAA